CAACACAACUGCAAAAUCACCGCGACCACGAUCCGCGCACUUUGAUUUUCGACGCGCGCAUAUUCAGAAACCGCAUAGCGUCAUCUUCGACACGCGACCCGAGUGAACAUUGCACGUGGCGUAGCCGCAGCAGCGCUUUCACAUUCCUCAGCCCAUCAAAAUGGCGCAGAUCAAGUAUAUCAAGACGAAAAAGCCCGCAUCCGAAGAGCCAAACACGAUGCCUCCGAAACGCGCCUCCGCACGCACCGCCGCGCCCAAAGACACAGACGCGACGACCACCAAACCAAAGGCCAACACCAAGGCCAAGAUCGUGAAACCCGCGCCGGCUACGAAAGGCAAGACAGCAGCCGCUAAGGCCAAGACAAACGGCACGGCGAAGCGACGCGGACAGAAGGCUACCGAGACAGAUAGCGAGGCUGAGACAAAGAAGACUGCCACAAAGGGCAAGACUACCACAAAGAAGACAACGACAACGAAGAAGGCUAAGGCCGAAGAGAAGACCGAGGCGCCCGCAAAGACGACUCGCAAGCGCAAAGCCGCCGACGACGAUGCUCCCGCCGCCCCAGCCAAGAAGGUCAAGGUUCUGACGAAAGGACCCAUCCUUCAAGACGCGCCCACGCAAAAGCUGAAUGUUUACGUGUUUGGCGAGGGAACAGCCGGUGAGCUGGGCCUGGGCACAGCAAAGAAGAGCAUCGACGUGAAGCGGCCACGUUUGAACCCAGAACUAUCAGCAAGCAAAGUCGGAGUUGUGCAGAUCGAGGCUGGUGGGAUGCACGCCAUUGCUCUCACAUCUGACAACAAGAUCUUGACAUGGGGCGUCAACGAUCAAGGCACACUCGGCAGAGAUACCACCUGGGAUGGCGGACUCAAAGACAUGGACGAUGCGGGUUCAGACAGUGAUUCCGAGGAAGGCGAUGACAAUGGGCUGAAUCCGAAAGAGGCGCUGCCGGGUGAGGUAGACUGGUCGCAAACAGAGGUUGCAGAGGGCACGCGCUUCGUCGAAGUGGCAGCCGGCGACUCGACCUCAUUCGUUCUCACAGACGAUGGCAAGGUGUACGGAUGGGGCACGUUCCGCAGCAACGACGGCAUUUUCGGCUUUACUCAGGAGGUCAAAGUCGCUACACGCCCCGUUCUCAUCCCGGGACUGAAGAACAUCACCAGCAUCAAGGCUGGAGCCAACCAUGCCCUGGCCAUGGACACCAAAGGAGCUGUCUUUGCUUGGGGUUCAGGGCAGCAGAAUCAGCUUGGCCGCCGCAUUGUUGAGCGAACGAAGACCGAAGCGCUUUUCCCACGCGAGUUCGGACUGCCCAAGGGCCCCAAGAAGGGCAUCACAUCCAUUCAGACUGGUGCAUACCACAGCUUCGCCAUUGCAAAGACGGGAGACAUCUACGCAUGGGGCUUGAAUAACUUCGGCGAGACAGGCAUCAUGGACAACGCUGGACAAGAUGAUGCAGUCAUCAUGAACCCUCGAGUCGUCACCGCACUCAAGGGCAAGAAUGUCACAAGCAUCAAAGGCGGAGGCCACCACAGUCUUGCCGCAACUGAGGACGGAGCGUGUCUCAUCUGGGGCCGUAUCGACGGCGCGCAGACUGGUAUCUCAGAAGACGACCUCGCUAAGCUCCCAGCAGAGGCGACAAUUAAAGACGACUCCGGCCGGCCGCGAAUCCUUGCCCAACCACAAAAGAUCCCGACCAUCCAAGGAGAAGUCGUUCACGUAUCUGCUGCUUCCGAUCACAACAUCGUCAUCACAAAGGAAGGCCAGGCAUACUCGUGGGGUUUCUCGGCGAAUUACCAGACAGGUCAAGGAACGGAUGAUGAUGUCCCCGUCGCCAAGUUGAUCGACAACACAGCUGUGCGAGAGAAGUUGUUGAACGGGGCUACUACUGGUGGCCAGUUCAGCAUCAUCACUGCACCCGCCAGCGAAGAGGACUUGGCGAUGACGAAUGGCGUGUAAAAGAUGCCCUUUGAGCGACGUGGAGGCAUUUCUGGGGUUUGCGCUUGUUUUCUCGCAUGGCACGGCUGGCGUUUCUGCUUUUUUCCGAGGAGGUUUUGGGUACGUCAAGAGUGGAGGGAACAGUACACUGAGGAGGAUAAUGAUACGGAAGGAAGGCGCCUGGGCAUUCGGGCAUGGAAGAUGAUAGACUGAGCGACUUCAAGACCGACGAUUGAACUGAUGUACGUGCCGCUUUUUAUGCAUGAGUUUUGACUCCCCGCAAGGGUGAUGUUGGCUCAUUGCUGGAAAGCUGGCUGUUAUCGGUUAUUGUUGGUCUCUGGGGAAUCUGGUCUGUCAAGACGAUGGAUGUUGAUUCUUGUUUUGUACUAUAGUAGCUUUGACUCCCCUUCAUGGGUCGAGUUGGCGAAGUAGCGCAGACAGAGGGGGGCAGACAUGACUUCAAUUCGAAAAAUGACUUUCACACUAACGCCC